UUCCGUCUUCGAUUUGACCAGUCUGUACUUAGACCUUUUAGAUUUCAGCUUUGUUAUGUAUCAUAUCUAUUACCUUAACUUACAAAAAGACAUUUCCUUGUCGCUUUUUAUCCUUCAUUUGGCUUUCAGGCUUUUCAGAAUGGCUUUAACUGCUACGAAAUUGGUUUCAAUUACCAACUUAUGAGUUUUCUACUCUUUCAGUUUAUCAAAUAAAUUUAUGGAAUGUAAAUUAUUUGUAUGAUAGGACCUUGUAGAUAGGGGUGAAAAAUCAGUACACUCAGUGAUUUGUUCGAUUUCUCUUUGAAAUGUCUGGUUGUAAUUUGUUUCUCGAGAAAGAUCUUUGCAGUCACUAAAUAAGAUACCUUAUGAACCGGAAAAUGGAUUUUAAGUGUCAUUUUUGAAAACUGGUUCUCGCAAAAUAUAUCCGGUCUUGUCGUUGGUGGAGUGUGUUGUUUCAUUAUAGGGACAAUAACAACACCGUAUUCGGAACAUAGGUAUAGAUCUAUAUUAAAAGUGAACUGUUCUUCAACAACGGUGUGUGCCAGCUAUUAACUACUUUAUCCAACCUGAAAUAUGACUUCGUGAUACUUCUUUUAUGGUACAAAGAUAGUAACCAACAUUUACGGACAUAAUUAUUUGUACUUCAGUCGUCUCAUGAUAAGUGCGCGAGAUAAACUAAUAUUACCCUAGAAGGAAAUGAUCAAGUUACAACUAAGUAAAUUAGUUUUACAAUACUUUUCUUUCGCUUUCAUUUCAACGUCUUUUUGUUUUUGUUUAUUUUUUCUCUGUCUUUUUAUGAAGUUUGUGAGCUCAUCAACCUUUUAGCUCGAGGUCAUACGUUGUUAUGCCUAUCGAUUCACAUGAAAUGUGUUUUUCCACUAAACUAUCCAAUUUUUUCUUUUACUUUCUGUAUGUACGAAAGACCAAUGAGAAUGUCGGUCGCACCAGUUCAACAGGGUCCAUUUAUGAAGGAUCAGUUGGUUCAACUGCGGGCACAGAUUAAUGCUUUCAAGCUACUUUCCAAAUCCCAGCCAGUCCCUGAAACAUUAUUACUAGCGGCCGAAGGAAGACAGUUACUCAGCCAUGCACCUAUUGUUAUGAGUGGACCACCUGCACCAAAUGUCCCUGUACAACAAUGGAAUCAAUCUUCUGUAAACUCCAUGCAAAAUUCGCCGUUUGUCGGGUCUCCUCAGUCGUCUGUCGUUCAGAGUGAAUUCCAUCCGGCGAAUCCUGCCCUAGCAAUAUCUCGAGUAAGACCUAAUAUCCAACCCAGUUUAGUGGCUGCACGUAUAGGUCCCCCAGUAGGCUAUCAAUCAUAUACAACCUCAUCUUCAAAUGGAACCUUUCUGCCUGGGGGUACUAGCACAUAUGGAAGGAGUAGACUUACUCCUAUUCAACGACCUCAAGGUUUGGAUCCCGUAGAGCUACUAAAAGAGAGGGAACAGCGUAUCCAGUCUCGCAUUGCGCAGCGUAUCAAAGAACUAAGUAGUCUUUCUGUAUCUAGUACAUCGGAACAAAGAGUAUCAUUAUUGAUUGAACUUCGUGCUUUGCGUCUACUGAAUUUUCAGCGACAACUAAGGCAAGACAUAGUGUCAGCUAUGCGCCGAGACACGAGCCUUGAGACAGCUCUUAAUGUCAAGGCGUACAGAAGGCCGAAAAAACAAACUCUUCGAGAGGCCCGGUUCACGGAAAAAUUGGAGAAACAAAUGAAACAUGAGCAAGAAAAAAGGCGUCGUCAAAAACAUCAAGAAUUUCUGAAUGCUGUUCUUAGCCACGGAAAAGAUUUCCGAGAGUUUCAUCGUAAUGUUAACAGCAGAAUGGUGAAAAUAAACAAAGCCGUUCUAAAUUACAAAGCCAAUGCUGAGCGUGACAAAAGAAAAGAACAAGAACGAAUUGAUCGUGAGCGUAUGCGACGUCUUAUGGCUGAAGAUGAGGAAGGUUAUCGCUGUCUUAUUGAUGCAAAAAAAGACCAGAGACUUCAUCAUUUACUCACCCAAACAGAUGAAUUUAUUAGUAAUUUGACUAAACUUGUUCGUGAACAUAAACGAGAGCAAAGUAAGCAGCGUUUUAGGGAACGGUCGGAAAGAAGAAAAUUCGCACAGGAAUCAGCUCUGCAAAAUGCUGUUGUAUUCUAUCGAAAAUUGGCUGAUGAUGUCAUUAAAAACGGUGGACAACCCCCAGCCUAUUUUUCUACUCUUCCAUCUACUGAGAAAUUUCCUGAAGAACUUAAUCAAGUAAAUCGUGACUGGUUAUGUGGCAAAAUGUCGUCUUCUAACAUCCAGUUACCUGAAGUGCGUAUACCUAUGUAUCAAACAACAACAAAAGAAAUUGUUGAAGGUGAUGCUGCUCCUUUAGCCUCAGAAGUUUGCACUUGGCUACAAGAACACCAGGGCUGGGAGAUUCUUCCAACUGAUACUGACGGGUCAGUAAUACAUGACUUAUUGGAACCAGACGAAGAGUUCAAGCGUAAACGUAAAUUUGAUGACGAUGAUGAUGAUGAUGACAAUAGUAUGGUACAUGUCGGGACGGAAGAUGAUGAAUAUAAUAAACGUGGUGAAUCUGGUGCAAAUGCACCUCAAUCCUAUUAUACUCUUGCUCAUGCUGUACGAGAAGAAGUUAAAGAACAAGCUAGUAUUCUUGUCCAUGGUCGAUUAAAAGAAUAUCAAUUGAGGGGUCUCGAGUGGCUUGUUUCAUUAUAUAACAAUAACCUUAAUGGCAUACUUGCUGACGAGAUGGGUCUGGGUAAAACGAUUCAGACAAUCGCUUUGAUUACGUACCUAAUGGAAAGGAAACGCGUUAAUGGACCGUUCUUGAUUAUUGUACCGCUUUCAGUCAUGUCUAAUUGGGCAAUGGAGUUCGAUCGAUGGGGACCAAGUGUGAAAAAGAUAUUAUAUAAAGGUUCACCUCAAGCUCGUCGACUUCUUCAAACACAAAUAAAAGCAUCAAAAAUCAAUGUACUGUUAACAACCUACGAAUAUAUUAUUAAAGAUAAAUCAGCUCUUUCUAAAGUGAAGUGGAAAUACAUGAUAAUUGAUGAAGUGUUAAACACAUAUUAUACUGCACCAUAUCGACUUCUACUCACUGGUACACCACUGCAAAAUAAAUUACCUGAAUUAUGGGCUCUACUGAAUUUCUUGUUGCCAACAAUUUUUGAAAGUGUCAAUACAUUUGAACAGUGGUUUAAUGCUCCAUUCGCUGCAACCGGAGAAAAAGUCGAAUUGAACCAGGAAGAAACCCUGCUUAUUAUUCGUCGAUUACACAAAGUAUUACGACCAUUCUUAUUACGUCGUCUCAAACGUGAAGUAGAAUCGCAAUUACCAGAAAAAGUUGAAUAUGUGAUUAAAUGUGAAAUGUCAGAUUUACAAAGAGUUCUUUAUUCACAUAUGCAAUCUAAAGGUGUAAUUUUAACUGAUGGAUCAGAAAAAGAUAAAAAGGGUAAAGGUGGUUGUCGAACUUUAAUGAAUACAAUUAUGCAGCUUAGAAAGAUUUGCAACCAUCCAUUUAUGUUCCCACACAUCGAAAUGGCUAUAGCUGAACAAAACUUCCUAAAUGUACACAAUGGUAACCCCCCACCAACUUUACCAGUACCAACACAAGUUGAAGGUAAAAUAUUAUAUCGUUCUUCUGGGAAAUUCGAGUUACUGGAUAGAAUUCUGCCCAAUUAA